GCCGAGUGCGAACUCGAAUGGAUCAGCCGCGGCGGGGAGUGCCGCCAGCUCGUCGCCUGGGCCGGCCCCCUCGCCCACGAUCCGGGUCAGCGCCGCGCCACCAAAGUUCAUGGCGACGGAACGGCAGCGACGUUCCUUGGCGAUUCCAACGCCGCCUGUGGCUUAGCAGGCCAACUCGGCGCCUACAUCCACGACUUCGACCCCGCCAUCCUCGCCGCGGGCCUCGACAGUGCGCUCGCCGCGCGACACGCAUUGUCGCGCUGCGCGACACGGGUGGCCUACUUCACGAGCGAUUCGGCGAUCGAUGAUCCGUUGGUGGCUUCGUUCCGGGUCGUUGAAGUGGCGCCGCUAAGCCGCAAGCGGCUGGCGAGUUGGAUUCGGGAGCACAACGUCGGGACGCUUGAGAUCAAAUGCCGUGGCGUCGAUGUCCGACCCGAAGCGCUGCGGCGAGAGCUCAAGCCCCAAGGCGACGCCUCCGCGACGCUCCUCAUCUUCCCCGACCACCGCGGCAAGCCGAUCGUCGUCAUCGCCGAGCGAGCCGCCGUGAAACUCGCCUUCAGCGCCAACGCCUAUCUCUCCUUCCCGAUCGACGAGGCGCUGCGCCGUAUCGCGGCGGCGGGUUAUGCGGGCGUCGAGCUGCUCGCCGACGUGCCGCACGCUUGGCCGGCCGGGCUGCUCGAAGUGCAGAAGGAGGAGAUCCGGCGUUCCCUCGAAGACAACCGGCUCACGAUCUCGAACGUCAAUGCGUUCAUGAUGAACGCCGUCGCCGACCCGCGGCAGCCGUACUGGCACCCGAGCUGGACCGACCCCGACCCGCACUACCGCACGAUCCGCCGCGAACACACGAAGCGCUCGUUGCGGCUCGCCCAGGACCUCGGCGCCCCGCACAUCACGACCGAGCCCGGCGGACCGGCGUUCGAAGGCCAGUCCCGCGCCGACGCGCUGCGCCUCUUCCGCGAAGAGCUGCUGCCGUGCGUCGAGAUGGCCGAGGCGAUCGGCGUCGGCUUGUUGAUCGAACCGGAACCCGAACUCACGAUCGAAAGAUUCAGUGAGUAUUUAGAGUUCGUCGAGUCGCUCGACUCGCCGCGCGUCGGCCUGAACUUCGAUGUGGGGCACGCGUACUGCGUCGGCGAAGACCCGCAGGACUGGGUCGUGCGGAUGGCGCCGCACACGGUGCACUACCACCUCGAAGACAUCGCCGCAACGCGCGUCCACAAGCACCUGAUCCCCGGCCACGGCGCCAUCGAUCUGCGAGCGACGAUCGACACGAUCGCCGCGACAGGUUACGACGGCUGGCUCACCGUCGAGCUCUAUCCCUACGGCGACUCGCCCGACGCCGCAGCCGCGGAGGCGUUUGCGUACCUGGCGCCGCUGGUGCAUGACGCGAAGAGGAGAACCACGGAUCACACGGAUUUCACGGAUGAGGAGUAA